AUGUCUAUGUCUACUUACUCAGAUUUUAAACUCUUUGCGUGGAAUGUUGGUGGAGCUGGUGGACGAGCCUUCUCUCGUUCUCUCAAACUCGUCCUUCAGCUCCACAAGCCUGACAUAGUGAUCUUGCUUGAACCGCAGGUUAGUGGCGGGGUGGCGAACGCUGUCUGUGAUAGGUUGGGUUUCCAGGAUGUUGCUAGAGUUGAGGCCAAUGGCAGGAGCGGCGGAAUCUGGAUUUUCUGGAACUCGCAGGCCAUUACUAUGCAAGUUGAUUCUGCUGGCCAUCCACACCUCACUAUGAUCUGCUCCAAGCCUGGAAUGCCGAUUUGGAAGCUCACGGCGGUUUAUGCUUCUCCGCAGCAGCAGAGCCAGCGCUCUCUUUGGGGUCUGUUAAUCGAUCAGAGCAGGCGAAUUAAUUGUCCUUGGAUUCUUACUGGGGAUUUCAAUGCUAUUCGCGACCCGGAUGAGAAGACUGGUCCGGCUUCCUCCUCUACCUAUAGCAGAUGCAAGCGCUUUGGGAACUGGAUUAAUGAGGCCAAGCUCCUAGACUUGGGUUUUUCUGGCCCCAAAUUUACUUGGUCCAGGGGGAAUACCACUGCCUCGUACAAGGCCAGUCGAUUGGAUAGAAGUCUUUGCAACUUGGAGUGGAAUGAAACUUUCCCAACGACUUCGGUGACUCAUCUUGCGCGCCUCAGUUCGGACCAUCACCCCAUCCUUACCUCUUGGCCAACUCAGGGAGUCUCGCACCUUACUUCUAAGCGCUUCAGAUUUGAGGCAACCUGGUUAACCCAUGCUGAUUUUUUCCCUUUUAUUGAGAAUUCUUGGGAGUCUCAGACUACUUUCCCUGAUGCUUUGCAGGUUCUAUCAGACAAACUUAAGGGAUGGAACUUGGCUGUCUUUGGGAAUAUUUUUCAGAGAAAGAAAAGGCUGGUUGCUCGGAUUGCUGGUAUUGAAAGACGGCAAGCAGAGUCUUUCUCCCCAAGUUUAGCUAAACUUCAUGCUAAGCUUGAGGCAGAACUUGACAAGACUUUGGAGCAGGAAGAGCUUAUCUGGUUUCAGAGGUCUCGGGAGAAUUGGGUGAAAUUCGGGGAAAGGAACACAGCUUAUUUCCACCAUCUGACUAAUAUCCGCAGACGCAUGAAUAAGAUUACAGCUCUGAAAAGAUGGGGGUGGCAACUGGGUCACUGA